UUCAAAAUGGCGUGCUGAGGAAAGAAGAGACGAGAUUACUUACGUUUUCAAACUCGUUUUCGACCGAAAUACAAUUCGCUAAGCGUUGUCUGAUGUGUUGAUGUUUGGAAGCUUCACAGUGGACAGUUGUGUAAUUAAGCAACCGGAGUCAUCAACAGAAAAACAUCAAGACAAAGACAAACAUGGAUAAAGCUGCCAGAGCAGUCAGAAGGAGUAGUGUGAGAUUGAUGACUCUAGGGGGAGGUCACUCUGACCUGAGUGUUCUAAUAUCUGAGGUCAGGGACAUGAGGAACACGGCCAAGGCAUUCAUGACAGCACAGAACUCAGCUGCCCAGUACAUGUUAAAGUGGGCUGAAAAUGAGGAAAAUCGAGCAGUACAGGAUGUGGUGGCUCAAUUGGCAGAGCUAAAUUUGGUGUGGACAGAGGUACAGAAGGACCUGUGUGAACACUUAAAGGAAUUUCGUCAGAUGUUUGAGAUGAUAUUAGAUGGAGAUAAACAUGUGUCACAGGCCAAACAUAACCUGACUACUUGUGACAUGAAAGAAACAAAGAUAAGAAAAGAAUUGAAGAAAGCAGCCAAGAGGGCAACUCCCCAAGAGAUUCAGAUAUUAGAACAUCGGCUGUCACAGGCAGAGAGAGCCAAGGACAUAGCCCAGUUGGAAGUGGCUGAUAGAGUUAGGAACAAUGAAGCUAUCAAACUGGUGCGACUGAAGGAAGGGAUGUUACAGUUUUCUGAGGCCUACAUUGAUUAUGGAAGGAAAUGUUCAAUGUUGUUUGAGGCACAAAGGGAUAUAGCUUACCAAAUUCCUGACGUUCAUGGCCGAGAUUAUGAAGAUAUUAAAUACACAGGUUCAGGUGCUACAAAAUUUUACGUUCAAAAAGCCAAAGAAAAUAUGAGGCAGUACAGACGGCAAUCUCAACCUACAAACUCCACGCAGACAUCUCAACAGCCUGAUCCACAUGAUGACCCUCCCCCACCUUACACACCUGCUGACUACCUGCGACAUCCCGAUUCAAACCCCAUCUCGACCCCAGCUUUGCAUUAUCCCCACGACAACAGCAUGGCCUUCCAAACACAUGAUACCCAGGGACUGGCGCACCAGGGUGCACUGCAGGACGAGCAAGAGGAUUGUGAUGAUCUGUCAGGGGCCAUGGGAGCAGCAAAGUUAUGAUGAAGGGCUUUGAAAUCUUUUUGUUUGAGAUGAUUUCAAAUUUUUGCAGUGGUUUGCAUGUGUUUUAACAUGUUUAAGGAGUGAUUAAGAUAGUGACCUUUUCAGAUAAGCACGGCAUUUCACUUUAUGUGAUAACCAAAGCUAAAUUUGGUCAAGACAGGCAGAAAAUCAAAUCCAUCAGUUCAGUGCUGACGUGAGCCAUUGUUUUAUUUUUGCUGAUCUAGAUCUAAUUCAGUGUUGUAAAUCAUAUGAUAUGUUUCCUGAUGACAACUGUAAGUAAAUAUUGCAGUUCAUUCCUCGUAUUUAUGAAUGUUACCAGAGCUGCAUUUUUGUGGAAUUCCUUACGAGUGUACAUAUAUCAGGUGUUUUGUGCUACUCUCAUGGAGUUUGAAUGAUUCUCACAGAAAUGGAAGGAAUCUUAUAAUUAUAUUAAUUAUUAAAAGGAAGAAUUGCAAAAUUUCUGGUUUUGACUUAAGGUCUAAGAGUUAUUAACAAGAAUAAGAAUACCAGUUGUGCAUUGUUGGAAGAUUGGAAUGUUCGUAUCAAGAUUACCAUGGGCAUCACCCGUGGGAAAUAUGGGUUUCUCCAGAGCCAGAACCAAAUUAUAUGUACACUCCAGGCCCUGAAAAUUGUUCACUUAGCAGCUCUCUGUUUCAGUUUGUCAGUGACAAGAUCUUAUAUGAACAAACGGUAUCUAAAUAAGCAGUAUGCUGAGCAAUGUUUUUGAUUGUAUGUAGAAUAUGUAAAGUAUGUGUGAAUGUAUGCACUUGAAUGCAGUGAGUAUAUCGCCGUGUUGUUCUAAAUUCAUAUACUGUUGAUCUUUCCCAGGGAAUGAAACUUUUUGUAUCAUUAUCAUGUGGUAAAAACUGUUUAUAAAGGACAACUCAGUUGUUGCCUGUACAUGUGGUAGCGACAUUUCUGCCAAGAUGACUAAAUAUAAAGGCAUUUUUUUGUUUCUACAUUGGUUAAAAAGUGUACGUCGUGUUAUGUAUCUGAGCAGUGGAUAUCAAAUAUCUUAACGUGGGUGUGCUUUAACUCUGUAACUUCAAUCCUCACAGGGGCCUCCGUGGCUCAGUCGGUUAGCGCGCUAGCCCAGAAGCCUCUCACCAAUGCGAUCGCUGUGAGUUGAAGACCAGCUUAUGCUGGCUUCCUCUCCAGCCAUAUGUGGGAAGGUCUGCCAGCAACCUGCGGAUGGUCGUGGGUUUCCCCCGGGCUCUGCCCGGUUUCCACCCACCAUAAUGCUGGUCGCCGUUGUAUAAGUGAAAUAUUCUUGAGUACGGCAUAAAACACCAAUCAAAAAAAAAAAAAAAAUCAAUCCUCACAUCAUUACAGUGAUGUCAUUACCAGGCCUGAGAUGGUAAAGGGGAUUCUUGUAACAGGGAAUACAAUAAUAAUACAUGCUUCAUAAUUUAUUGUCAUAAUGCAUUUUUUCAGAAUUGUGUCAGUUCCCUCUUAGGUUAGACGUUACAACUACAGACUGUAGACUUUCUUUGCUCUUCCUAAGGUGUUCUUUCUAGUCAUUUUGUAUU